UGGUGGCUGUUUCUGUAAGAAUAAGACGUGGUCUCUGUUGGAGGUUGGAUUGAAUACUGGAGAUGACUACAUUUUAGCCAGUAAAUAGCUAACAGUAUAGCUGUAUUUGUUUAUAAUUCAUUAUAUCAUAAAUAAUCUGCAAUUCAAACUGAGUGAUGUGACUCGAGAACAUUUCGAGACUUCUUAGGUCACAUGAGUGGAAACAGAGGCUAAUGUUAUCAGAUGUUGUUCGAGCCAGAAGCUGCUAGCCUAGCUAACUGCUAUUGAAGACCAUCCUAGGGGGACAGCUACAACAACAACAAAGAAGCUAUAAACUAUCACAGUCGUUGUCUGUGUUCUUCAAAACUUGGCUUGGCAACGUUGGUUGAAUGUUGACCACGGUUAAGAUAAUGACCGACACGAAACAUAGACACAUGUGACCAAGCAGCUAAUGUCUAUAGCACAUGAUCCUGGCCAACUGGAGGCUUCAAUAAUUCACGGGUUUCAGAAUAUCUACACUGAGUAGUAAAGGUCCUAUUUUCCAGAGGAAGAGACCACGUUUUGUUAAGAGCCAUGGCCAACAAGUCAUCCCUGCUGAAAGUCAUCCUGCUGGGAGACGGAGGAGUGGGGAAGAGCUCCCUCAUGAACCGCUACGUCACCAACAAGUUUGACACGCACCUCUUCCACACCAUCGGAGUGGAGUUCCUCAACAAGGACCUGGAGGUGGACGGUCGUCUGGUCACCAUGCAGAUCUGGGACACGGCCGGACAGGAGCGUUUCCGCAGCCUCAGGACUCCCUUCUACCGCGGGUCUGACUGCUGUCUGCUCACAUUCAGCGUGGAUGACAACCAGAGCUUCCACAACCUGGCCAACUGGAAGAAGGAGUUCAUCUACUAUGCCGAUGUCAAGGAGCCUGAGAAGUUCCCCUUCGUGGUGCUGGGGAACAAGGUGGAUGUGUCGGAACGGCAAGUUUCUGCUGAAGAUGCCCAACAGUGGUGUCUGGAAAAUGGCAAUCACCCUUACUAUGAGACCAGUGCCAAGGAUUCCAUCAACGUAACCAUAGCCUUUGAGGAGGCAGUGCGGAGAGUGCUGGCCAUGGAGGAGAGGGCAGACCACCUCAUCCCCACGGACACAGUCAACCUCCACAGAAAGCCCCGCUCCAGCACUUCCUGCUGUUGACAACGUGUAGGUCUUGCCCAGUGCUUGACUUGGACUGAAAGAGGUGCCAGUAUUAAUUUUGGGUGCCGGUACUGUUUAUAUUUAGGUGCAGGAGCUCCACAAUACUUUUGAACUAAUAUUCUAUAAGAGGAACAGGAGCCCAAGCAGUAGAACAUUUUGAGGUGCCGGUAUUCCUGCCCAAGUCAAGCACUGGGGCUACAACCUAUAAAGAACUGGAGCUAGGAGGACACACAGGCGUAUUUAUUAACACUCAUGCUCACAAGUACAGUAAGCAAGCACUGGCUAGUGUCCGUGGAUGAUAAUCCAAUGGGUUUGUUGGUCUUGGGACUCAUUGAAUGUAAAGCGGGUACUUGAAGAAGAGUAUUUUUGUCAGAUUCCACCAAGAAAUGCAUUAUAAUUUAAAUCUGUGCAAUCUUUUGAAUUAUAUAUAUUGUGUUAAAAUAUCACAUUAAAUUAUGCCAUCAAUGUGGGUGCCAGAAAUACAUUCACAAAGCAUGGCUUCCUGUUCAUAUUACACAGCCAGAAAGAAGUUCCUUUUUUGGGAGAAAGCUUCUCUUACACUGUGACUGAAACCAAGGGUGAGAUGAGCGGCCUUUACCAGUGAAAGUAUCAUAACUGAUUCCAUUGAAAACAUAUUGCAGACCGUAUGUAAAUAUAAUCCCACCCAAAUGUGAUACAGUAGAAGCAAGUCACUUUUAAUCAUCAAUUGAGUUCAAUGGGAUUAGGUAAAAAAUUAAAUAAAAAAUCCAAACAUAAUAUAUUAAUAUUUAUUACAACAAAUGUUGAUACAAAGCAGAGUAAUUUAUGCAGUCUUCAUUUGAAAAAGUUAAAGCACUAAUCUAGCAUCACUACUUUAUAGUACAGAGAGUGGGAAAUCUAAGCAGAAAUUAAGGUUUAUGAUUUCUUACUCUAUAAUAUUAUUGGUGCUGGUAGCUGAAUUUGCUGGCCUUGCGAUAUCUGCACAACGUACCGUAAUGAAUGAGUUAUCAUUAUGCAAUGGACACAAUGUUCAACACUUGCACAGAAUAAAGCAGAGUUCUUAUGCAGCAUGACAUUCUGCUCUCUACCAAUAAGGUAGUACAUAACCUUGUUCUUACCAUUCCAGAACCUCAGUGUUCUGAUAACCUGGCUAAUUGUAAUUAACAGAUGGGUGAUACAUUAUGAAUUUGGUCAUGGUGGUGGAUAUGCUAAACCAUGUUUAAUGUAUGUACCUGUCCAUUGUUGUUGUUUCUAUGGGCAUCUUAAUUAAUCUAACAUGUAUUUUCUUUACAUUUAUGGAGAUCAAUUUCAUUUUCUUACACACGAGUAUAGUUUUAAUAGUAACAUUUGAUUACAACAAUCAUUGCUUAUUGAUUUUACAGUAUUGUACAUCCUCACAAAAUAGAGUGUUGAGAACAGUUUUCUUUGCUCAGUUUUUAUAUCAUUUUGCUACAGCAGCAGAAUGACCGGAACGCAAGUUAAAUGAAAAAUGCUAUUUGAAUAAAAACAGUCCUUGAAUGAAUGAUCUUUCCUAAAGAUGUUUGUUUUUAGUCUCCACUGUUACAGGGGAGGAAAAAACACUUUGUUAAAAUGUGAAAAAGAUAUCAGUUAAGAGUUAGACUUCAGCAGUAAGUCAUUUGGGAAAUGUUUUCUGGUGUGGUGAAUAUUACUGCAUAUAUACAGGAUCGAUUACACGCAGAAUGUGAGUGUUUGUUUGCAUCGGCUGGUCUUUGUACAUGCUUAAUGAUUAGUGAAAUGUUCUGCCAUUACUUUGUAUGGCAAAUGCACACACAUGCACGCUAGUGAAUGAUUUGGAAAGUGUUUUGAUGAGAAAAUCUGGACAGUAAGACAUAGAACAUUUCACAAACAUCAGAAAUUAAAUAUACAUGUUUUAACCAAGCUCAUUCAAGGUCUAGCUCAUACAGACCAUGUCACUAUUAUCAUACUAGACCUCAGAGACCAUGUCACUAUUAUCAAACUAGACCUCAGAGACCAUGUCACUAUUAUCAAACUAGACCUCAGAGACCAUGUCACUAUUAUCAAACUAGACCUCAGAGACCAUGUCACUAUUAUCAAACUAGACCUCAGAGACCAUGUCAGUUAUCAAACUAGAUCUCAGAGACCAUGUCACUGUUAUCAAACUAGACCUCAGAGACCAUGUCACUAUUAUCUAACUAGACCUCAAGAGACCAUGUCACUAUUAUCAAACUAGACCUCAGAGACCAUGUCACUGUUAUCAAACUAGACCUCAGAGACCAUGUCACUGUUAUCAAACUAGACCUCAGAGACCAUGUCACUAUUAUCAAACUAGACCUCAGAGACCAUGUCACUGUUAUCAAACUAGACCUCAGAGACCAUGUCACUGUUAUCAAACUAGACCUCAGAGACCAUGUCACUAUUAUCAAACUAGACCUCAGAGACCAUGUCACUAUUAUCAAACUAGGCAACAAAAUGCUGGUGACACUCACACAUACCAUUAAUUCAUUAUAAAACACUUCCCAAUGCUGUCUUUUAUACUGUGGUUGGUAAGAAUAAAGCAAGUAAUAACAGGGAAUUUAUCAAAACACAACCAACAGGUGAUCGUAGACCAAUGAUGUGUAUGAUAAACACAAUGAAGAAAAUAAAAAAAGGUGCAGAA